UGUCUUGACGUCAUUAGCUCGUGGGCAACUCCUGAAACUAACAACGUAUCGAAGCAUAUUUGAUAUGAUUUUUUUAGCAAAAUAAAUCGUAAUCCAGCAUAAUUACUGUUUUCAGUAUGUUAAAUGUGUAUUAUUAUAUCUAGAUGCAACGUUUAUUCGAACUGUUGAUGUUGUAUUGCAAAGAAAUUUCACGAAGUUGAUCCGACUUGAGUCAGUUGAGAGGACGGCAGCCAUUUUUCCAAUUUUUGGCUGGGUUUUUCAGGUUUCAUAACUACGAAAAAAAUCAUAUUGACGACUCAGUUAAGCACAUCAACUCUUAUUCCGCAUAUAGGAUAUUUUGUCACCGAUGGGUUUACCACAGGCUAUUUUGUCAAUCCCUGAUGGAAGUUGAACUAAUGAUCUUUACUAGGAGUGGCUUUAAGAAAGUGAAGAAAUGCAUUAAACCAGUUAUUGCAAAAGAAAAGACGAUGGGACCCGUGGACCCACAGGAAGUGCUGGAGUCCUUAAAGGACCUGCUCGCUCCAGAGGGUUGCUUGCUGGGAACUGAUGAGGCAGUCAAGUUUGCCGGGUUGAUGAAAGAGGCGAAGAAGAUCGUUAACAAAUGUAUCUACAUCAAUGUUCUAAAAGUAGAAACAGGCAAGGAAAUACUCCAAAAGUGUAUGACUGGUGGGGGCUGGGACGCCCUCAAUGACUGGCUGCAGGAAUGCAGGGAGGAGGACAACAUGCCCAUGCUGUGUGAGAUACUCAAAGUCUACAAGACACUACCAGUCACAGUGGAGAUACUCAAGACCAACAAAGCUGCAAAAACCAUCAAGCAGCUGUGCAAACAGGAUCAUGACGAUGCUAAGUCUCUGGCCAAAGAAAUUUUUGACGAGUGGAUUAAACUAGUGCAACCCAGCAGUAGUAAUGACUCUCACAAAUCCAAAAAGAAGAGCAGCAAAGACCGAGAUCGUGAGAGUCGUGGCAGUAGCCGAUCGAGUGAUAAAUCUAGCGAUUCUAAGGACAGCAGUCGAAGUAAGGACUCCUCACAUCGACAUUCAGGUCACCGCGAUAGCAAGGACAGUAAUGACAGCAAGGAUAGCAAGGACAGUAAAGACAGCCAUAGGGGGGAUAAGAAGGACCGCGACUCGAGAACUCGAAGCAAAAAGGUUGAGGAGGAAAACGUUGACUCGAGCUCCAAUGAUAGCAUCUCAAGCGAAGAUAAAGUUGUGGUUCGACAGGGGUCGGGGUUAAAGCUACAUAUUAAAUUGGGAGGGGAUAAGGAUAAAGACAAAUCUGACUCGGACUCGAAGAAAAGACCAUCCACUGUUAAGCGGCCCCCGAGUAAAUUUAGAUCUACAGGAUUAGAAGAAGAGACAACAGAAAGUGAAAAAAUGCCCAAAAAUGCAGAUCUCGAUAAACCUAUUCCUAAACGAACUGGGGGUGAUAUUAAAUCGGAGACCCCAACAAAACGCAGCAAGUUGAGCAUGCCACCACCACCUACAGUACCUCCAUUAUCAUCAGCAACAGGGACUGUAACAACGCCUAUAGCAACAUCACCUGUGUCCCCUAGUGAGACCCCUGGGAAAAUCAAGCUUAUACCAGCUAGACCAAAACCCAACCACGAGAUUCAGGAAAGCUCGGGCUUCAUGGACAGCCUAGAGACGUCAACUCGCACGUACGGGGCGUACAAAAAGAAGCGACGACCAUCCGUCAACACCCCUCCUGGGUCCACGAGUAAACCCCCAGCCACCACCCAGUCCACUCCACCUAGUCCUGUGUCCCCCACGACCAGCAUCGCAAAAUCAUUACCGUCAGUGCCUUCAUUUUACAAGGACACGCAGGCCCAAGAGUCGGAGGAAAGUCCAGAACCAUCCGAGACAAAGUUAGAAACCAAGACUGAGACCAUCAAGGAAGAGCCACCUGCAGAAAGUGGCGGGUCUCCAAUGGAAAUUGACAAAGAGGAAAACUCUGAGAAUUCCACACCCAGUGAAUCCGAUUCCAGGGAGCGCAGUAUUUCACCGACAGAAAGUGGAAAGGAGGGAAAAGGGCUGCUAACAACUGGGGCCACCAAGUCGAAAAAAAACAAGAAAAAGGUGUCAUGGAAGCCAGACAAAGACCUCAAAGAGAUUUACAUCUUUGAGUUAUUAGAAGAUGAGAGAGUGAACGUGAAUAGACCUAAGAUAGACUUCAACCAGGCAAGAAAAGAGGAAAUGCACCUGGACAGAAGGGCGGUGGAGUCUGUGAGAAGAGCCGCACAUCAUGACAACAUGCGAGAGCAGAUCACGUGGUACCGGCCGCGGGUGGUUCAUGGGUACAAGGAGAUGGACUAUGGCAAGGACAGCCAGGAGAAGGUGGUGCAGAGGCAGAUACAGAUGGCCAGUCUGCAGCCCUUCUUCUUUGGCAAGCUGCCAGACUUCCCCAGCGAGCCGGACCAGGAACCAGCCCAGCAACAAGAGCAUGAGGAGAUGAAGACAAUAUCCCUGGAGGAUGUGUCAGGUGGUGAGCAGAUGUUGUACAACUACGACAGCUAUCCCAAGCCCGUGCUUGGCCCAGGCAAGCCACCCCAGCCCCCACCCUUGCCGGACAUGCCUCCACCUCCCAACAACAUCAACCACGGCCACCCGGGCUUCAUGCCACCGGUGCCCCCCAGCAUGAACAACCCACUGCCACCAAUGGGCGCAAUGGGCUCAAACCUCCAGGGUGGCCCACCUCAGGGAACCCCGGGCCCAGGCAUGCCCCCUAUGAUGCCUCCCAUGCUGCCCCCCUCCUCCAUGGCGGGCGGUCCCCCCAACAUGCCCCCAGGCAUGAACCUGCCGCCAGACCUGUCAGCCAUUCUCAACCAGAUACAGAACCUUCCGCCAGGGGCCAGCAAUGACCCUGUGAUGGUGCAGGUGCAACAGAUUGUCAACAAUCUAAUGUGUGGUGGGUCAGACCAAAGCUUUGAGCAGUUCCAGCAAAUCCAACAAUUAGGCCAACAAAUGGGCAUCCCCCCAGAAGUGUUCAUGCAGGCCCUACCCCCGGGUAUGAUGCCCAUGGGCAUGCCACCCCCUGGUCCUGGCCCGGGUAACAUGGGGAUGAGGGGCCCGUUGCUAGGUAACGCCCCGCCCGGGUUCAUGCCACAGAGGCAGAUGGGCCAUGGUCCACCUCCCAGAUUUGGACCUGGACCGCCAGGUAACUGGGGCGGACCCAACAUGGGUGGCCCACCAAACAUGGGGGGAGGCAACUUUGGGGGCCGCAUGAGGGGACCAUGGCAGGGGGGCAGAGGAGGAAGAAGAGGGGGAGGAGGACCGGGAUACCGAAAGAAACCCUGUAUUCAUUUUACAAAGAAUGGAAGCUGUAGAAUGGGAGACAACUGUGAUUUCCUUCAUCCUGGUGUUAAUGACCCUAUGGAUGACACGUGACAUAUGGUGGUCUAGGUUCUUGGAUAAAAUGCUCAACUGCUGGAAGACUGUGGGAAAAUGGCUGAGUUUUUGUUUGGCUGAAGCUGAGAAUAAAUAUGAAUGCCUGUAAAUGCAGAGUCUAAUGGGUAUACUAUAGGCUUAUGGAGAGUAUCUGAGAUUUGGUUAGUGCCUUUGGGACAUGGAUAGAGAUUUGUGUUCAAUUUGGUGCAAAGAUUUGAGAUGUAUUCUGACAGCGGUGGGCAGCAGAUUAGUGGAAGGAGUUGGGUUCAAAGUGUUUAUCUAGGACCAGCUUUCACAUACAUGAUCUGGGUGAGGGAUCAUAUUGAUAUUGAUAGGACUGGGCCCCUGUCAAUUAGAGUGAAAAUAAUUGCAUUUUCAUGAGAGAUGUUUAAAGUACUGUGUUCUGACAGCUAUCUGCGAAGCGGAGACCUGAUAGGGUUAAUUACCUUGUUUAGAAACACGUGAAAAUCAGUGACAAAAAACUACUCUGUGAUAUUGCUGUGUUUUUGUCAUGUGGCAUUAUGAAAAUGUUAUUUGAGUAGCUGACAGUGCUUGAUUAAAAACUUGUAUGCAACAAGCUACUGUGAAUAGUUGAGUAAAACUUAAGGAAAAGCAAGCAAUUGAAGCUUCAGAAGAUCUAGUGAGUGUUUCGGCACUUUAAUGAUUUGGCAAAAUUAGUCCCUGUAACUUAUUGAUUCCCAAAAUCAUGAUGGGGAUUUCGCCUUAUCCCUUACAAGGAAUUGUAAUACACAUAAAGGAUGCAUUUGUGAUGGUAAAACAGAUAUUCAUGUAUAGAUUUGUCAUAGCACACAAGAGAGCAACGGCUGACUAAGGCAUUAUCUGUUAUGAAUCAAUGAACUGUUUUGUUUUUUCCAGUACUCUUGUAAAUGGAUUGCCUAGCAAAAGAAGUGUUAGGAAUUAUAGAGUAUCUGGGUGUUUUACAAUGAAGGUUACAGAGUGUCAACACACUGAUGUUUUAGUCAACAAACUUGGAUUUAUUUUUCCUGCAAGAAAAGCAUUGUAGCUGGCAACAAAUCUCUUAGCUUUUCUAGUCUGCUCAACAAGUUCCAUACAGCACAUACAGUGUUCAAGGUUCAUGUAAAAUUGAAUUAAAUUGAGGGGAAAUUCACGAAUAUUCUGGAUAUGUUUUCCGGCUGUUUGUUCCCAACAAGGGUCACUUUAGUGUUCAUAUGGUACCGGUAACUGUUAGGGAACAAUCAUGGCAAACAAAACUGUGUUCUUGAAAAGGGAACUGACUACGUCCAUGUGUUCAUGAUCAUUGCUUUUCCAAUCAUGAGAGUUUAACUUGAAUCAUUUAUUAAUAUGCUAGAUUCAUGUUUAUAUGAAAAUUCUAUACAUUUACAAGACGAAUGUUAAAUAGUAUUAAUGAUGUUUAUAUGAUUUUAUACUGUUAUUUUUUUUCUAUGGUUUUUGUAUGCCUUGCAGUUUUGCAGGACAAUAAAACUAUAAAAUUAAAA